CCUUAGGAUAUUAUAUAGCAUGAUGACCGAAAUAAAUGAGGCCUAGUUUGACAAGUUGUGCUUAUGUAAGAUGCAUAAAGUUGGGCAACAGAAACUACUAUUUAUACUCUCUAAAGCACUUGAUGGAAGAUUCUAACAAUGUUGCAUCAAAGCACCAAGCAUUCGAUGUUUCCGUCAAUGUCAAUGAGUCCAAGUGCUUUGACGAUGAUGGCCGUCUCAAAAGAACCGGGAGUGUUUGGACAGCAAGUGCUCAUAUCAUAACAGCAGUGAUUGGUUCAGGAGUUUUGUCUUUGGCUUGGGCAGUAGCUCAACUUGGUUGGGUAGCUGGUCCUAUUGUUAUGUUCUUGUUCUCUUUUGUUACUUAUUACACCUCUGCUCUUCUUUCCGAUUGUUACCGCUCCGGUGACCCUGUUGCCGGCAAGAGAAACUACACUUACAUGGAUGCUGUCCAAGCCAAUCUUGGUGGCCUCCAAGUCAAGAUUUGUGGAUGGAUUCAAUAUGCGAAUCUGUUUGGAGUUGCUAUUGGAUACACAAUUGCUUCUUCUAUUAGCAUGAUGGCUGUUAAAAGGUCGAAUUGUUUUCAUAAACAUGGUGAAAAAGCACCUUGUAUAGUACCAAGCACUCCAUACAUGAUCAUGUUUGGAGUAAUAGAAAUCAUCUUCUCACAAAUCCCAAAUUUUGAUCAAAUUUGGUGGCUCUCAAUUGUUGCUGCUGUUAUGUCCUUCACUUACUCUGCUAUUGGUCUAGGCUUAGGCGUUGCUCAAGUGGCAGAAACUGGAAAAAUUGGAGGAAGUCUAACUGGAAUUAGCACUGUGACUGAAAUGACAAAGGUUUGGCAAACUUUCCAAGCACUUGGAGACAUUGCUUUUGCCUAUUCUUACUCCCUCAUCCUUAUUGAGAUUCAGGAUACGCUCAAAUCCCCACCAUCAGAAGCUAAGACAAUGAAAAAUGCAACUCUAAUUAGUGUAGCAGUAACAACAGUUUUCUACAUGCUAUGUGGCUGCUUUGGCUAUGCAGCAUUUGGAGACCUUGCUCCUUCAAACUUACUAACUGGUUUUGGAUUCUACAACCCUUAUUGGCUAGUUGAUAUAGCAAACAUAGCCAUCGUCGUUCACCUUGUAGGUGCAUACCAGGUUUACUGCCAACCCCUUUUCGCCUUCAUCGAAAAAACAGCAGCAGAAUGGUACCCUGAUAGUAAAUUUAUCACCAAGGAUAUUAGUGUCCCGAUCCCAGGCUAUAAAACCUACAACCUCAACCUUUUCCGGUUAGUUUGGAGGACGAUUUUUGUCAUCAUCACUACGAUCAUCUCUAUGUUACUGCCAUUCUUCAACGAUAUUGUUGGAAUCCUUGGAGCAUUUGGAUUUUGGCCUCUGACUGUUUAUUAUCCAGUGGAAAUGUACAUUGUGCAAAAGAAGAUACCAAAAUGGAGCAGAAAAUGGCUUGGUCUUCAAAUCCUCAGUGUUGCUUGCCUUAUCAUCUCAAUUGCUGCAGCUGCUGGUUCUUUUGCUGGUGUCGUAUCUGAUCUUAAAAUUUACAAGCCUUUCAAGACAACUUAGUGAUGAUGAUUAGCUUUGAUUAGGAAAGAGGCUUAAAUUGUUGUUGAUGUUCAUAACCAAAGAAGGUUAAAGAAGGCCCUGACUAGCUCGCUAGCAAGUUGUCGUUCUGCAAGUUGUAGUAAUUAAUGUGUUCUUUAGUACCCAUUAGAAAAACAAAAACAAGAAGUCCUAUGUAUUUACGUGGGAAGUUUGAAAGGGCAAAAAAAGUUAUUAAUAUCUCAA